AUGUCAUUGUGGGUGGGCGGUGGGUGCAACGGCGGCGAGGUGGGGGGCGCGCACGUCGCCACCGCCACUGUCAUGUCGACCAACACCUCCAUGGAGUCCGGCAUCGAGGCGGGGGUCCUGCCGACGGUGACGGGGUCGCUCGCCUCGGCCCGGGACUCCCUGGGCUCGCUGUCCCGCGCGGCGGAGCAGCUUUACGACACAGACCAUACGGACCUCGGCUCGGAACUGGACGAGGCGGAGAUCAGAAGGGAGCUGAUGCACGACAAAUGGCGUCUCCUGUUUGAUCGGUUCGAUCCGGAGGGUUUCGGCGAGAUCCCCUGGCCCGACUUCCUACAAACACUCCAGAAUCCGGACUUUAUAGCGCAAGUGCCGCCACAUAAGCACGAGAUACUGUUGGACAAAGCGCGCAGUGCGACAUCAGAGGCCAUCACUUUUCAGGAGUUCGUCAAUGUGAUACAAGACAAC